UCUGUUAGUAUGUAACAGAGUGGGUCAUGUAACCUGGAUUUUACACAGUAUAGUGACUGCUGGCAGGUGCGUGCCGGAAAUGAGUAGCACUUUCCACUUCCUGGUUUCCCGCGGUGACUUCCACCAUGGCCGUUUUCUGCUCGUCUUGUCUCGACAGUCCUUGUUGCUCAGACUGUUCAGCUCCAGAGCCCAGAUCAGCCGCAGCCUGCAGGAGAGCUACAGGCUGCUGCAGCUGCCUGAUGAGAAGAACAGCAGUCCUGCGCAGGUGAAGGAGGCCUACCUGCGCCUGGCCAAACUCUACCACCCAGACUCCGGGGCUCCGACAGCAGAUCCAGUCCUGUUUGCUCGGGUUGAGGAGGCCUACCGCGCUGUACUGGCACAUCAGAGCAAGACCAAGCAAUCCGAUGAACGGAAAGAAUCUGAAGAUGAGUCCAGAGGCCUAGUAGCACCUCAACAUAGACACUACCUCAGCUAUGAAGGUGUAGGUUCAGGCACACCCAGCCAGCGUGAGCGUCACUACAGGCAGUUUCGUGUCGAUCGGGCAUCUGAGCAGGUUUUGGACUAUAGACAGAGAGAGCACGAGAGGGCAGCUGCUGCAGAUGGGAUGCUGGUGGAACGAGACAUGCGUCAGCGCAGUAAAAAGAUCAAGAUCACCCAAGCUGUGGAAAGAUUGGUGGAGGACCUGAUCCAAGAGUCCAUGGCCCGUGGAGACUUCAGAAACCUUGGUGGAGCUGGAAAGCCCCUCAACAAGUUUGAGUACAAUCCCUAUGCUGAUCCUAUGACCCACAACCUCAACCGCAUCCUCAUUGACAACGGUUACCAACCACCCUGGGUCGUCACACAACGCGACAUCCGAGAUUCAGCUGCACAGAUCCGAAAGAGGUUAUUGGAAGGGAGGGCCAGGCUGGGUGACCCCAUGACCCAGAGAGAGCGCAGCCAAUGGGAACAGCUGUGCACAUCUGUAGAGGAAGAGCUGGUGAAAGUUAAUAAAAUAGUGGACAAUUACAACCUCAUUGUACCGAUGAUCAACAUGCAAAUGGUUCAUUUCAGUUUGUCCAGAGAGAUCGACCGGGCGGAGAAAGGAGUCCGCCAACACCGACUGGACCAGCAGAGAGAGAGAGAAAAAGACAGAGAGAGGAGGAAGGAGGAGAAAAAAAGAGCCAACACAGCAGCUAAGCCUAAAAACACAAAACCAGGCCUGAUAUCUUGGAUGUGGAAUUUGCUCAGAUGAAAAACUAAAACUGAAUCGAAGUGAAUGGAAAGAGUAUUUGAGACCUUUGCUUUAUUUAUUAUGUUUCAGACAGAUUUCUCACCUGCUUAUUUGCCCACCGUCCAUUAAAAUGCUGCCACACAAUCAAUUUUACUGUUUGUUACUACUGAUAAUGUCCAUUUUAAUUCAUUUUAGUGUGCAUAUUCACAGUAUUGAACAAUUAUGGUUGCUUUUACUGUAAAGCGUGAGGCACUGCAUGUGCUUUUAAUGCAGGUGACAUGAAGACAUUUUAUGAUACAAGUUGUUUCUGUGAAAUUACAAAUCUAAAAAUCUGAAUAUAACAUUGUGACUUUUGGUUGCUAUAUGA